ACGCGCCAUGUUUGCAAGGUUAUGUUUCAAUAAAUUUCACAAAUAUCUGUUACGGUAGAAAAAUUUGUCGCUCGAUUUUGUCAUCCGUGAUUGUUUCAUGGAGUUCACAAUAGCUGUAUAAUAUUAUCGCUUUCUCACAGAAAUGUUGUGACAGUUAAUUAAGUGUGGAACUAGACAUUGAAGUACAAUUUUUAUCGGAACAUCAGUUCUUAUUAUCCUUCAAUGAAGAUACUUAACUAAUAGAAACCAAACGCUCACGAAACUGGGCAAAGCUAUUAAAAAACAACUGGCAAAAUUAAUCCAGCAAUCCACGUCCCGUUGUAUGCAGUGGUUAUUUACUACUAUUGUGAUAGACAUCUCUCUGGAACUGUAAUGGCACAACAGGUCAACAGGUGCGGUAAAGAUAUGGGUACUCAAAUUGAUGUACCGUACUUGGAAGAGAAAGGAAAUGAUUAUUUAUUUUACUACACAUCAAUUGAUGAUGCCACUAAGGCAUGGCUGCAUACUCUGCAUUGUACCUGGGGAUUAUGGAAAAAAAGUGACGGUGUUACCAAAAUGCUCAAUGAUUAUUUCAGCACGGCACCAAAUCCAUAUCUGAGCGUCCUACGCAUUUUGGUAAAUGUCUCGGACUACAAGUACAUCAAGUCAAAGAUGUCUCUCAGCUUUACAGUUGCAGAGGAUUUUUCAAAAUGGAUUUCAUUGAGAAAGGAUGUUUACAAGAACUUUUUGCAAGCUGAUAUAAAGUCUGCCGCUUUCGACUUGCUGACCAAGCAAAAGAACCUGCAGCUGACCAAAAUUGUGUUCGACACAUACGAGCUUUCAGAACAUAAAGAGUUCUUCUUACCUGCAAUACAGAAUAUGGUAUUGGAAAAGAAGUACAAGGAUGCUGCUCAAUACGCGUGUAUUUUACAUUUGCAAUUAUAUUUUCUGAACGCUGAGGUAUUGCUGCUGCCACUAAUUUUACAGAAUAAAUUGACUUUGGUUGAUGAUCUUUUAGUGGAUUGUAUGGAAGCUCAAAAGGCUCUAAUAACAUACUUGGAUAAUCUCUUGGCCUCAGGCAAAAAUAUAGAAGCUUCAUUAGAAGCUUUUGUAGAUCGCAAUGAAAUACCGGAGGUAAAAAUAUCGGCAAUGCAACUGCGCCCGAUGAAUAAGUUGGUCGGACGCUUAGCAAAGCAGUACAACCUACCACCAGAAUGUUGUCCCAAUUUGAAUCAGAGACGAGGCGAAGGGGCACUGAAAUUUCUGAUAUACAAACGUUACGUCGACUGUACUCUUAGCGGAGAAAGCUGGAAUGAAAUGGCUCGUGAAACGGUCGGAACAAACUCUCGACUGCAGUUUGAGUUGGUCAAAUCCUUAGCGCAAGCAAAUGACACCAAAGAAGCUCUGCGGUGGGCAAAGUAUUAUAAAAUGCCUAAAGCUCAGUGGCCAUGGGCUCUAGUGGACUGUGAAGCGGUAGAGCUCGAAGAUUUGAAUACUAACCCUGAAGUUGCUGCGGAAGAAAACUGGGAUGUAGAAGAAGAUCCGAUACAAUAUCAUACUCUACGUCUACCCAGAGGAAGCAUCAAAAUAGUGAAUGACACACAAACAUUCGAGGAGUUUCUAACCAAAGGCUUAAAAGAAGUGACAAUUGUUGGAAUAGAUUCGGAAUGGAAGCCUAGUUUUGGUACAAAGCAGAGUGAUUUAGCUCUGAUACAAAUAGCCACCAAGACCGCUGUAUAUAUACUUGAUGUUCUCAGUAUGGGAAAAGAGCUGGCAGAUUUAUGGGCCAAGAUUGGAAUAAUGUUGUUCGACAAUAAAAACAUUUUAAAGCUUGGAUUCGGCCUAGCGCAUGACAUUGCUAUGAUUAGGGAAAGUCUUCCAGCAUUGGCAAAUAUUAAAGCCACUGGCCAGGGAUACAUGGACCUACUGCAUCUUUGGAGAAAACUGACAAAAGAGCGUUACUUUCAGUUUCCCUACAAGGGCGAUGCAGCUUUUACAAACGAAAGCUUAAGCAAAUUAGUGGAGCUCUGCAUGGGUUACAGACUAAAUAAAUCGGAUCAAUUUUCCAACUGGGAACGAAGACCGUUACGAGAGAGCCAACUUACUUAUGCUGCUUUGGACGCAUAUUGUUUGUUGGAAAUAUUCGAAGUUCUCAGAAUUCAGUCUGUGCGUCUAGAUGUUGCGUUCAACGAACUUUGCGCAGAGUCCCAACAUAUUCCAUCCAAACUUCCGAAAAAAAACCUUAGAAAACAAUCUCCAAAGGCUGGUUCAGGGACUUUGAGCAUGCCACUCCAUACAGCAGAGAGCAGUAUUCAGAAAUUUGAUCAGAAUAACACAGAAAAGAUCAAAAAGGAACCAUGGACAGAUAUGCAAGCAGCACAUGAAUGGCGCGUUGUUUGUGACUCUAUGCUCGGUGGUUUGGCAAGGCAGUUACGUAUGUGCGGAUGUGAUUGCAUUUAUGUUGAGUUUGACCGAAGAGGAGACCAGUCGGCUAAAAUAGCCAUGCAACAAAACCGAGUAUUCCUAACGCGAGGUAGCGCAUACAACAGGUUUGCUCCCUAUGUCGGACAAGGUUACUGCUACAGAGUAUUGGCAGAUAAACCAGAAGAUCAACUGAAAGAAGUUUUGAAUAACUUCAGAGUCUUGGUUAUGCAAAAGGACAUUUUUAGCAGAUGCCAGAUUUGCAACUAUGAUGAAUUCGUACAAGUCUCGAGAAAUACUAUUUUUGAGUUAGAAAAAAGUUUCAAAAGAAUUAGGCAUCGAAAUGGACAUCAAUUUCACCAAGGUACAUUCACGGAUAUCGAUAAUGUAACCACUGCUUCUACUGCCGCGGAUAAUGAUACAGAUUUAAUAUCAAAUCAGGAUUCCAAGUUAAUUGCUGAAAAACGGGGAACGGUUUACAAUUGCAACCGUACAUGGCGUCUCACUACAGAGACACUAGAUAUUGCCAACUGUGCUACCAGGCAUAGGGUUACAGUACAAUUGGAUAAAGUACCAGCAAACGUGUUGAAAAACGUUGAACAGUUUUAUAUUUGCGAAUGCUGCGGGAAGGUAUAUUGGGACGGAUCACACAUGGAGCGAGCUCUGAAUGGUAUUUUGAGAGAUAUAAUUGUGUGGCAAUGAAUAUAGCUAUACUAAUAUGCAACACAACAGUAUACAUAUACGAUUGCUGAUAGAAAUAUGACAAUAUUUAAGUGUAAAGGCCCGAAAAUUUUCGACCUUUGAAAAGUUCAAGUACCAGUGAGCAGGCACGUUCGACACACCACUAAUGUAGCGUGUGAUACAGGAAAUAUUUAGUGAAAGUGGCUAUUUAAGCCACUCGAGGUGGAUCUGUGUCCUGUGCCACCACUGCGAUUGGCCACUCUCGCCAAACAUGUAUGCAUAAAGACGUUUCAUUUAUUCUUCGUAUUGUCGGAUCAGUAAUUCCACAACCACAGAAUCAGGACCAGUAUAAAAUAUCACGUUGUGAAUAUGUGUGAAAUUGAAUGUCAUCAAUGUGGGAGGUCUGAUGAUAUUCAAUAAGUUCAUUUCGCAUACAUGCGGGAAGUAAUUUUCCGGCAAUUGCGUGAGACAUCCAGAUCUGUUUUUGUGAUAUACUGUGAUGUUUUUUGG